AUGGUAAAUCCAAGCAAAAAUGAUUCUAAAAUGGAAGACACUGAUGAUUCUUUUAAUGUAGUGGCAUUUUGUCAAAGACAUUUGAGAGUUAAAUCGUGGACGAAAUGAGAGAAAUGUGAGUUCGUUCUGAUUUAUAAUGAAACAAUUAUGAUUUACAGCAAGUCUACACUGCCAAAGAGUUAAGACAAUUGAUUGAAAUCGUGGUGGACAUCUUCAAAUCUGAGCCAACACUCAAAGAAGUUUCACCGCCUUGCACAAUCGUUGGUGAUAUUCAUGGCCAAUAUCGAGAUUUGGUUCGAAUUCUUUAUCAAACUACACCAGAAGUUGAGAAAAGAAGAUCAAGAGGACAAGAUUUGGGAUGUUCUAUGAAUCGUUUUGUUUUUCUGGGGGAUUAUGUGGAUCGAGGGCCAAAUUCUGUGGAAUGCAUAUGUUUGUUAUUUUCACUCAAAAUCAUUUAUCCAUCACAAUAUACACUUCUUCGAGGAAAUCAUGAGACUAAAUCAAUCAAUUAUGUUUAUGGUCUUCGAGAGGAACUUAUGAAUAAAUUGGAUAAUGAUGGUAAGAUUAGAGAGAAGGGAAUGAUCAAAACUUGAAUUCUCUACAUUCUAAAAAUCGAGUCCUGCGAAAUUUCCGAAAGAAUAACUCAAGAUUGUUUUUUGCAGAGGGUUUGGAUGUGUGGAAUCGUUUCAAUGAUGCAUUUGCUUUGAUGCCACUUGCUGCACUUGUCGGAACUCAGAUAUUAUGUAUGCACGGUGGAAUAUCACCACAUUUGCAAUCAUUGAACGAUAUUCGAAAGAUCAAACGACCACUGGUUGAUCUUCGCGACGGAACACUUGCACAAGAUUUGUUAUGGAGUGAUCCAUUACAAUUUUGCAAUAUCCACGUUAAUGCUUGA